GUUGUGACAGACGUCUUACGUGGAGACGAAAAAAUCUAAAUAAAUUAGCAGAGAAAAAAAAGCAACUAAGUUGGAUAUAUAUAGAAGCUCAUAUCACAAAAAUUGCAAGAUGAGCGCAUUAAAUUAAUAAUUCGGAACUGCGAAGAGAUACCUGUUUGGCGAUGUUGUAGGUGUAGGUCAGUGAUCGGUAGAAGUAUAAAACGACCUGCCGUCGAACUCAGAGAUCAGUUAUCAAUAGCACCUUCAGCAAAAUCAGCACUAAAAUGUUCAAGAGCGCGCUUAUCAUUUCCCUGUUCCUGGUGGCAUCCAUCCGAGCUGCAGAUGAGUCCCAAUCCCAAACCACCAAGUACCUGAAUGAGAUCAAGCCAGAUGGCACCUACAGCUGGGAAUUCGGAACCUCCAACGGAAUCGACGCUCAGGAGAGUGGUCUGGGUGGAGUUCAAGCUGCUGGAUCAGUGAAGUAUACGGCUCCCGAUGGUUCACCUAUCCAGCUGGAGUAUACGGCCGAUGAGAACGGAUAUCGUCCCAUUGGUGCCCAUCUCCCCACGCCACCUCCUAUUCCAGACUACAUCCUCAAGGCUCUGGCCUACAUCGAGUCCCAUCCCUUCAAAAGAAUCCAGCUGAAGAACUAGUCUAUAAAUAUAAGAUUUAGAUUAAAUAGGUAUAACAAAAUUAUGUACAUAAUAAAAUACAUUUAAGAAUUACAAUUUUAUGUUUACUUAAAUUUACUGUUUACUGUAUUCGGCAAGUCAAACAUUUAGCAAAAUAUAAGAAAAUGUUUUGAAAAACAUCAACAUUCAGCAGAACUCACUGAAAUGUUCCCUUCCACGACAAUCCUUAAAACGAGAAAAUGUUAAAUCAU